GUGACGUCGCGGGCGGAGGAGAGGAGGAAGAGGAGGAGUUCAUAAUCCAAACACCGAGGCAACAACAUCCACAGCGAUUUACUGCCGACAAAGUCCCCGGUAUCCCGUCGACUCACCCGACACCAUGGCUGCCCAGAAGAUAAACGAGGCCCACGAGCACAUGGCCAAAGCGGAGAAAUGCUUGAAGACGAGUCUGACGAAGUGGAAGCCGGAUUUCGACAGUGCUGCAUCAGAAUACGCCAAAGCAGCUGUGUGCUUCAAGAAUGCCAAGCAGUAUGACCAAGCAAAGGAUGCUUACCUGAAGGAAGCUGAAUAUCACACGGAGAACAAGACGCUUUUUCACGCUGCAAAGGCGAUUGAACAGGCUGGUAUGAUGAUGAAGGAGCAAAAGAAGAUGCCCGAGGCCAUCCAGUACAUAGAGAAAGCCUGCAUGAUGUACAUGGAGAACGGGACUCCUGACACGGCAGCAAUGGCUCUGGACAGAGCUGGAAAACUCAUAGAGCCUUUAAACCUUGAGAAAGCCGUGGACCUGUAUCAGAAGGCAGCCGGUGUGUACGAGAAUGAAGACCGCCUGCGUCAGGCCGUCGAACUGCUGGGCAAAGCUUCCAGACUUCUGGUCAGGUUAAGAAGGUUGGACGACGCAGCGGUCGCUAUGCAGAAAGAGAAGAACAUGUACAAAGAGAUCGAGAACUUCCCCAUGUGCUUCAAGAAAACAACUGCCCAAGUGCUUAUUCACCUGCACAGAGGAGACUUCGUAGCAGCUGAUAAAUGUGUCCGAGAAAGUUACAGUCUGCCCGGCUACAGCGGAAGCGAAGACUGCAUUGCCAUGGAGACGCUACUGCAGGGCUACGACGAGCAGGACGAGGACCAGGUCUACCGCGUGUGCAACUCCCCUCUACUGAAAUACAUGGACAACGACUAUGCCAAGCUGGCCAUUUCCCUGAGGGUACCCGGAGGAGGAGGAAAGAAGAAGAAGGCUCCAGCUGCUCCACAGGGUGGCGCUAGUGGGGCACCGGCAGCCGCCGAAGAGGAGGAUGACUACGAGGGCGGACUGUGUUAGCCUUCAGCCUCCAGUCGACGCUACCCAUCUGCUGCUCCACCACCAUCACCACCACAACUCCUCCCUCUGUGUAUGAGUUUUAAAAAAAACAAACAACCAUGACAAACCCAGAUAGGCGACUGUUUUGAUCCUUAUUGUGCAAAAAAAUAUUAAGAAAAUGACAAACUCCAACAGUUACAGUAGAUGUUGUAGAAGAGUCGAGUCAAAUCAGCCUUUUUAAUUUGUUUUCUUUGUGCUGGAUCCUCGGUGUAACAAAUAAGAUUAUAAAUCAAUGUUCAGUAAUGUAUGAAAGCCUGUUGUAUGUAAAUGUUCUAUUGUUUCUCGUCUCUAUGGAGCUGUACAUGUUUGCUGUUAUCGUUUGUGGGUAGGUUACUAUAGGUAUAUCGAAAUUAAGAAAUGCUCUAAUGAAUAUGUGCAGUACAUCCAUAAAUGUAUAGGUGUUUUAUUUGUGUAAAAAUAAUUAUUAAAUAUAUUUAAUUCAGUAUUGAUGGCUGCGGCCUUUCGGAAAUGUACUGGAACAAUAUGCAAUUAAUCUGUUGAUGCAUGUUUGGAACAAUGAAAUGUUGAAUCAAAAGUCAAUGCUACGAUGAAUUUGUGACUAUUAAUGCUUCAAAAUGAAUAUGAUUAUUUGCAACAUAAGCGCUUAUACGAGUUAUUCAACAACUCCUGAUGACGCAGCAUUUAGCGAAUCGUAGACCAAAUGCCAUGGCUGUGUCUUAAUUACAAUAUCCAUAAUAACAUGAAAAAAGGGACUAUAUGCAGUGGUGUUCAGUGCAUUUUGCCCAUUGAUUUCCUUUUUAAUGUUGAAUUUGUGCAUCUACCUUAUUGCUCAUACUGUAAAUGUGAAAGCCCUCUAUACAGUUAGGAGAAGAUGAUUUACAUGUCAGGUGAAAAAUGUUCCGAUAUAACUAUAAUAGUAUCAAAGGGAUUGUUUACAUUUUUUUAAUUUAUCCUGUUGCCCACCUCUUAUAUAUAUACAUACACUCUAUCUAUUCCUCAAAAGCAGAUCUCUAAACUUUGCACAAACAUCAAUAAAACAUUUCCGUUGUGUGGCA